AUGGCGCAAAACUGCCGAGAUCACUGGACCGAAACCCUUCCGUUGGUCCUUUUGGGUAUCCGAUCUGCCCUCAAGUCCGACUUGGGUUGCUCUUCCGUGGAACUCGUCUACGGAGCCCCGCUGCGGUUGCCUGCGGACGUUUUUAACCCGCCUCCCCAGCCUGUUCACCCUUCAACUUUCGUCGCACAACUCCGGAACGCCUUCGCAACCCUCCAGUUUACUCCAACUCGUGCCUCAUCCGUGGCGCCACCUUUCAUUCCCACUGAACUGCAGUCCACGACCCACGUAUUCUUGCGCACCGACCGCCUUCGUCGCGCCCUCGAACCUUACUCCGGCCCGUACAAGGUACUGCAACGCGCUUCUAAGACCUUCCUCCUCGACGUCCGCGGCCGGCCCGAAAGUGUGUCGAUUGAUCGGCUGAAGCCCGCAUUCCUCGACAACAUUGCCCCGGCCCACAAUCCUGACUCAUCUCUACCACCGGACAUAGUCACGCCUCCAACACGUGUCACUUGGGCUCCGACUACUCUCGCUCCAACUUUCCUCCGGAACGCUGGAAGAGGGGCAUAUGUAGUGCGACGACAACGACACUACAAUCCGCCCACGCCACGCGCUCUUGCCUCACGCAGGAAUUAA